AUGUACAACAUGAUGGAAACCGAGCUGAAACCUCCCGCCCCCCAGCAAACUUCGGGGGGAGGCACAGGCAACUCCAACUCGGCCGCCAACAACCAGAAGAACAGCCCGGACCGGGUCAAGCGCCCGAUGAACGCGUUCAUGGUGUGGUCCCGCGGGCAGCGGCGGAAAAUGGCCCAGGAGAACCCGAAGAUGCACAACUCCGAGAUCAGCAAGCGGCUCGGGGCGGAGUGGAAACUUUUAUCCGAGGCGGAAAAGAGACCCUUCAUUGACGAAGCCAAGCGGCUCAGAGCUCUGCACAUGAAGGAGCACCCGGAUUAUAAAUACCGACCCAGGAGGAAAACCAAGACCCUCAUGAAGAAGGAUAAGUACACGUUGCCGGGGGGCUUACUGGCACCGGGCACCAAUACCAUGACGACUGGGGUAGGGGUUGGGGCCACCUUGGGAGCUGGGGUGAACCAGAGGAUGGACAGUUACGCGCACAUGAACGGCUGGACCAACGGAGGCUAUGGGAUGAUGCAAGAGCAGCUCGGCUACCCGCAGCACCCGGGCUUGAACGCGCACAACGCGGCGCAGAUGCAGCCCAUGCAUCGCUACGACGUGAGCGCCCUGCAGUACAACUCCAUGACCAGCUCGCAGACUUACAUGAACGGAUCGCCUACCUACAGCAUGUCCUACUCCCAGCAAGGGACCCCGGGCAUGGCCCUGGGCUCCAUGGGCUCGGUGGUCAAGACGGAAUCCAGCUCCAGUCCCCCAGUAGUCACUUCCUCGUCUCAUUCAAGGGCUCCUUGCCAAGCUGGGGACCUUCGGGACAUGAUCAGCAUGUAUCUACCAGGUGCUGAAGUACCAGAACCAGCUGCCCCAAGCAGACUUCAUAUGUCCCAACACUACCAGAGUGCACCUGUUCCUGGCACAGCCAUUAAUGGCACACUCCCUCUAUCACAUAUGUAA